AUGGCAGUGGGUGUAACUCGAAAAGGAAUCGUUACGUUUGGAAUCGGCUUGUUGCUUGGUUUUGCUGUCACGUACAUGCUGACGUUUACUAUGAGAUAUCGGAGUACAUCCAAUAACCUCAUAUACUCCAGUGGCUUCAUUCCCAAAAGUCCGCACAGUCAUGGAGAAAUGGAUCAAUUCCGAGGACCGGACGAAUCUGUUCAUUGGUCAGACGAACACUCGCAUUUACACGCAGAGGAAUCGAGCGACGUUGCUAUUGAGCUGGCGAAGCGGGUGCGCGUGUUGUGCUGGGUGAUGACAAAUCCCAGCAAUCACCAAGCCAAGGCGAAACACAUCAAGGUGACGUGGGGCAAACGAUGCAACAUCCUUAUCUUCAUGAGCUCUGAGGCUGACCCACAAUUACCAGCUGUUCGCUUGGAGGUUAGUGAAGGCCGGGACAAUCUAUGGGCGAAGACAAAAGAAGCAUUUAAAUAUGUUCACAAACAUCAUUUGAAUGACGCUGACUGGUUUUUUAAAGCGGAUGAUGAUACAUACACCAUUGUUGAAAACAUGAGAUACUUUUUAAGUGACAAGGACCCCAAUUCCCCUGUUUACUAUGGUCGACGGUUUAAACCGUAUGUUUCCCAGGGCUACAUGAGUGGGGGUGCUGGCUAUGUGUUAAGCCGGGAAGCUCUUGUCCGCUUCAUCACGAAGGCCGCUUCGAACAGUGACAAGUGUCGGGCUGACAGCGGGGGAGCGGAAGAUCUUGAAAUGGGGAAGUGUUUGCAGAACAUCGGCGUCAAGGCUGGAGACUCGCGGGACGAACUCGGCAGGGAGCGCUUUCAUCCAUUCAUUCCUGAACACCACCUCAUACCGGGAAUACUACCAUCGGACAUGUGGUACUUCAACUACAACUUCUACCCAGCCAAGCAGGGGCCCGAGUGCUGUAGUGACUAUGCUAUAACAUUCCACUAUGUUCCUCCCAACCUAAUGUACGUACUGGACUACAUGAUCUACCAUCUCAAACCAUAUGGCAUCCAGGUGAAACAGCAAUGUCCAGCUGACACCAAUAAACAAGUGGCUGAACAUAAACACACAGAGAAGGAAGCCGACAGCUCUGAACUUCUACUAGACAGUAACACCAUAGUGAAGCCAAAGAGUGCAGAUAUCAAAGUUAACACACAGGCACCAGGAAGCUAACACUCAUUUGUCCCCAUCAUGUCUGGUUACCCGGUCUACACAUGGUCUGUCUGCUUUUCAAGCAAACUGUAUGUUAGGGAAGUGGUGAAUAUUUAUGUAUGUCUGUGUUAGGGAAGUGGGGAACAUGUCUGUCUGUGGCGGAAGAGGUCACUAUUUGUGUGUGUGUGACAGGGAAAUGGCAGGGAAUAUUUUGUCUUCAAAGCUUUGAUUAGCAAAAGUUGUUAAUUGAAUGAAAAUAUAUUAGCAGCUACUAUUUAAUGUUUAGAAUUGUGUAGCAGUGUCUGAAACCUGCGUAGUGAAUUGCAGCACAAUACUAGACGAAGUGUUCCCUGAAUGGAGACAAUCUCUGUUUGUUAUGUGACUGCUGAAUGAAAAAUAGAUAUGAUUGUUUAACAUGGGUCAAGUAUUUCAAAAAAAAAAAUUUUUGUUAAUGAAGUAAAUCCAUAACAGUUUUCUCUGAAGUUGCAUAUAAUUGUGACACUAGUUUCGAGCAUCACUUUAUGGCUUUCAAACCAGCCCUUGAAAUUCACACCAUCUUGCGACCAUUUGGGUAUCUUGUAACAAUUUAGUGCAGAUAAUAAAGUACAGUCUUGACCAUGAGAAAAAUCAAGGCAUGCUGAAGUUUUGAAGUUUCAAAUGAUAUUCAUUAAAAUAAAUUAUUGCUAGGUGAUCAAUUUGCAGCUCUUAAAUCUUUCCAGUCAUUCGACAUUUUUGGCAAAUAAUAAUAAAAAUGCUGUCGCUGAUCAAUUUUGCCACAGCUUUUUUGCAGCAUCACUGCUGAUUGCUGUAGUGAAUUUCAGGGUCUGUAAAACUAAAGAUUGACUUGUCUAACUUCAAUAUUUCGGUAGUUACGCCAUGGCUGGGUUAAUCUGCUUUGCUUUGAUUACAUAGUGUACCUUAGAGAUGUUCAAGGUCAUUGCUUUAGCAGGGGUGCAGAAAUGGAAAAUAUUUAACUAGCCUGCCGGACCAGAAUCAACUAAAAUUUACUAGCCCACCAGAAUCACUACUGGUCCGCCAGUCUAGAGAACAAUAUAUUAUUAACAAUAUUAUAAUAUACAGUGUCUUCAGUUCAGUUCAUAUGCAUGUAUAUAGAUAUGUUGACAAAACAUUAUUAAGAACACUUAGUAAGUGAUCAACAUCACGUGGUAAACGAAAUAAAAAAGACAGGUAGACCAUCGGACUGGUAGUUGUAUUUUUGAAUUCGUCCAUCAGAAUUUUUACUCGCAUUUGGCGACCGGGUCGAGUACUUUCUGCAAACCUGCUUUAGGGAAAUGACAAUAUUACACAAUACAAGUAGACUCUUACAGAUUUGUAUUAAAUUGUUAGAAAAAAAAGAGAGGAAGAAUCAUGUUUAUUAUGUCCUUUAUGUGCAACUGUAAAGUUGGUCAAAUUAUUGAAAAGCGUAAAAAUUGGUAUGUAAAUCAAAAGGUUAUUUUAACUCUAUGUUUAAAAGUCGUUGUCCUGGCAAAUUUUUAUCUUUUACUAUAUUCAUAGUUUUUAGAAUGUAACAACAAUCCACAUGCUAUUACAGGCAUUGAAAUAAGCAGUGUCUCUGGUAACCCAUUUACAGGUUACCACAAAAUAUAGCCUGGUAAAGUAUGGGUUACCGGUACCACAACUACACAUGUAUAUGAAAGUUAGAAUUGAAUUCCUGGACGUUCAAAAAUUGUAUCGGUGCAUGCGAACAUCGGUACGAGAAACGAAAUCCAGAAGUAAAUUUAUCUAGUGGGCGCUGCUUAAAUGCAGAUUGUCGUAAUUGCUUGCAAUUGCACAAGUGCACACAAACAUCAGUGCAAUUUUGUAUGAGAAAACGAAACACGCACGUAAAUUCAUCUAGUGGAUGCUGCUUAAACACGGAAUGACUAUAAUUGCUUGCAAUUGCACAAGUGAGCGUGAACAUUGAUGCAAUUCCUUUUAAGAAAAUGAAACGCAGAAGUCCGGAAUGCAUUGCCUGGAAACGAAACUACCGCCAAUGUUGAAAUUUGUGUCGAGAACGAAACACCGUUCUCGACUUUUCUUACAUGCAGUAACCUCCUGGUAACCUGAACAACCGUUCUCGACUUAUUUCAAUGCCUGCUAUUAUAUAACUACAAAAAUUUCAGCAGAUAUUUCUCCCCUUUCUGUUUUUCUCAGGUUCACAGUAAAUCUGAAGAGUACAGUUUCACUAUUUUCCUUCAAAUUGUCAUUUGAGCUUUGUUCACCAAUGAUUGCUCUGGCAUUACAUUUGAGCUUUGUUCACCAAUGUUUACUCUGGCAUUACAUUUGCCACCCCAUCUUCACUACCAUCAUUCAAAAGUUUCAGAUAGAAAGAAAAUGUUUUUCAUUUUUCAAUAAUUUCUUAGACAUUCAGAGUCUGAGGUCGUGGGAUUUAGCUCAUGCAAUGAGAUGCUUGGGUUGUAGAAUUGAAUCUCUUUGGCAGAGUUUUGGUUUUUUUUACCCCUGGUAUAUCAAAAGCUGUGGUAUGUGCUGUCCUGUGUGGAAAAAGAGAUCCGUUGUUACUAAAAUUCCUUUGAAGACCAAGCGUUACAAUUGCCAAAUGUUUGAAAUCCAAUUUGCAAUGAUUAAUUAAUCAAUCUGCUCUAGUGGUGCUGUUAAACAACAACAACAAAAACGUUUGAUAUAAUGUUUGUUUUUCCAUGUAUUAAUUUCAUUUCAACUUAUUUUCAUGGAUAUAUCAUAUUAAGAUUCAAGCACGCUGUCCUGGACACACACCUCAGCUAUCUGGGUUGUCUAUCCAUUACAUCAUGUAUUUAGACUUUGGAUACUCAGGGGCGGAUUAUGCUUUAGGUAAGGGAGGGGGUGUUUCCGAAACAAUGUGUAAAUGUUUAUAAUUUGAAAUUUUUCGUGGUGGAGUUGGGUUUUUUUAGCCCGGGGGGGGGGGGGUGUCCAUACAACUGGGGAAACCCCCCAUAAUCCGCCCCUGAUACUUCAACCAUUAUCUCAUGCAUGUGAAUACAGUUGACUCAUCAACACCAUUACAUCAUGGUUAUGAUAUGUUAACUGUAUUUAGACUUUGGGUACUUCAACCAUUAUCUCAUGAAUCUGUCUGAAUACAGGGUACUCAUCUAAACCAUGGUUCAUUCCAUUUCAUGUUGAUGUAUGUUAUCAUUAUUUUCCAAUAUCCACCUUUCAUGUAUUCAGAUGUAUAAAUUUAUUUAUAAUAAUUUGGUGCUUUAUUUAUUGGCUUUUUAAAAUUGUUUUUAAAUGCCGUCUUCUUCUUCACGCAGGCUCUUACAGGCCUGCUGUUUUAACACCAAUCAAAACAAGGUCUUAUGAUUUCAUUGUGACUGGACAUUCGUCUGUGUUGAUUAUCAAAAUCUGUGUAAUGACGUGUAAAUAUAGGGAAUGACUGGUUAUUGUCUUAAGAUAUCGGCUUUAUCCUGCGAUGGUUAGAAUGGCAAAUGCAGCGAGGUUUUGCCAAGCCGCAUUCACCAUUCGACCUGGGCAGGAUAAAGCUGAUACCUUAAGACAGUAACCAGUUAUUUGUUUUAUCCUGCAGUCCUACUGGAAUAUUUAGAAAAUCAUUAUUUAUUCCAGUUUUGUGUACGCAAAUCGAGUAUUAUCCACCUAGCAAGGCUUUUUCCGUAUGACAUCAUACAUGUUACAUGACAUCAUUAUUUGUAAGACGCCAGCUAUAUUCUGUCAUAUUAAUAAAGCAUUUCUGGACUCAUAAAUAAAUGUCCAAGUUUUGUAUUGUUAUCGCAAAGCUAAAAGUUAUUUGUAUUUACUGUACUUCAACAAAUGAUUAAAAGAGUAUGUUUAUUGAAUGAAAUACUCAAGUUGAGUCGGGCUUAUGUCACGUGACCUAUAUUUUUUGUUCAGUGACAGAAAAUAUAGAGAUUUAUCUAGUCAUCAUAUCUUGCCAAAUGUAUACAGUGAUUACUGGAUAAAUAAAGAAUAACAUGUUAAUCAGCCCUAAACAUUCACAUCAUCGUGUGACUGCAGUUUAGUAUUUGAUUGAGGAAUAAAAUAUUGUUUAAAUCAACAAAGUCAGUGCCUGUUAAUGAUAAAAAUUCUUUCACAGACCAAUAUUAAAACAGCUUUUAAGUUUAUUUAACUUUAUUUGCAUCACCAAGUUUGAGGGCUGAUUAAAUGUUAGAUGUUAGCUAUAUCCUGUAAAGAUAUGAAAGAGGAACUCUGCAAGGUUUUGUCAAAGGUUCCUGAACGAGAUAAAGCCAAUAUCCUUUGUAAUUAACCUGUUAUUGUCUUUAUCCUAAAGGCUUGCAGAAAAUGUUGCAAUUUUAUUUAAAUUAACUUAUUAAUUUAGGAAUUAAUAGGUUGUUUUAGCUCAUCCAAUGAAGAAUAAUGUUCUGAAUUUGGUAUGAAGUCGUGCUUCUGAACACUUCAUUGUUUUGUGCAGCAGUUUCAGGCAUAUCAAAGGCCGGGAAUAAAUAUGAUUUCCCCCAUCUCUUUUUGUUGGAUUGCAGGAUAAAAACAGUAACAGGUUAAGGAUCAGGACUAGUUGUGGCACUUUCCUAAUUCACCAAUUGCCAAUUUUAAAAGCAAUUGGUGAAUUUUAUUUUAAUUUGACAAAAUAGGUUUAUGUAAUAUAGAUUGACAUUUUGUUACAAAGUAACUGGUUUUCUGCUAUUUUUGAAGUUUAAUUGUUAA